AUGUUGGGCUAUCGGCACUUUUUGAAGAAUAGUAAACAGUGUGCCAUCCCAUUUCUUACAGGCCAUAUAUACGACGAGCCUCCUUCUGAGAAGUUGAGCAUGGAGGGCGCUGGGUGGUCUGACAGCGAUCAGGGAGCCUACACAGACAGCGAUGACGAGUACCCUGACCAUGUGGCGACUGCACGCGAGCAUGACGGGCCUAGAUACAAGGUCAUCGACAAGACAACUCUCCUUUCUGCACAGUGCCGGGACCUGAAGCAAAUCCAAGAUGUCCUGGGGAUCCGUCUCCAACAUGCAAGGAGCCUUCUAAUUCACCACCGAUGGGACGUGGAAAACCUUUUCAGUGCCUUGGCCGAGCAGGGCGAGGAGCGCCUCUUCCUUGCCGCCGGCGUGCCCCCUCGUUCGAUGCACCGGCGCGCGAGUGGCCCGAAGGAAGCUGAAUUCACGUGCGGGACGUGCUUCGAUGACGUUCCUGCAGACAGCGCCACAGUCAUGGACUGCUCGCAUAUCUACUGCAACGACUGUUGGACGACGUACUUUCUGAUGAAGAUCCGUGAGGGCCAGAGCCGGCGCAUCACGUGCAUGGCCCACAAGUGCAACGCCAUCUGCGACGAGGAGAAAGUGCUGAAGCUCGUGGCGGAAGCGGACCCGCUCGCCGUGGACCGCUACGAGCGCUCGCUGCUGGAGUCGUACAUCGAGGACAACAGCAAGGUCAAAUGGUGCCCCAGCGUCCCGCACUGCGGCAACGCCCUCCGAGUUGAGGGCGAGCCUUACGUGGAGGUGCAGUGCACGUGCGGGCUGACGUUCUGCUUCAACUGCGGCCUCGAAGCGCACUCCCCCUGCUCGUGCGACAUCUGGCGGCGGUGGGACGAGAAGUCGCGCGACGAGUCAGAGACGGUCAACUGGCUGGUGGCCAACACGAAGCCGUGCCCGAAGUGCGGAAAGAAGGUCGAGAAAAGCGGAGGGUGCAAUCUGGUGCAAUGUACCUGCAAACAGCCCUUCUGCUGGCUCUGCGGCGCAGCGACCGGCCUUGCGCAUGACUGGUCGCGCAUUGAGGGCCACUCGUGCGGGCGCUACAAGGAGGACAAGGAGCGGGAAGCCAAGAAGGCGGAGACGGACCUCAAGCGGUACAUGCACUACCACACCAGAUGGAAGGGCCACAUGGAGUCUCUACGAUUGGAGGACAAGCAGCGGGAAGUGGUCCAGUCCAAGAUCGCAAUCCUCGAGGAGAGCGAGUCCGUCGUUCGAGACUACAGCUGGCUCACGAACGCGCAGUCGUGCCUCUUCCGCGCUCGCCGCGUCCUCGCCUACUCGUAUGCGUUCGCGUUCUACAUGUUCGGCAGCGAUCUUUUCAAGGACGACAUCUCGCCGGAGCAGAACGAGAUCAACCAGAACCUGUUUGAGGACCACCAGCAGCAACUAGAGGCGACGGUCGAGCGGCUGGCCAAGUUGGUGGAGACGCCCUUUGAUCAGUUCCGACGAGAAGGGAACGACAUCCCUGCGAUCCGGAUGGAAGUUGUGAACCUGACGGCCAUUCUGGAGACCCGCUGCAAAACCAUGCACGAGAUCGUGGAGAACGACCUGCUGGGAUCUCUUCAAACGACCACCCAUCACAUCGCCCCCUACUACGCCAAUGUAAAGCCGCUCCCCAACGAGGACUCUGCCACCGGAGACGACACCGACUGCGGGGUGGGCGCCGCAGGGGUUGGCCCGAGUACCAGCCACUUUGACGAGGAGUGGCGGGAACAAGGGGCUGUAGAGGAUUCAAAUGACGUGCGAGAGCCAGACGCCAACGCCGGCCCGGGAUCCACCGAUGUCAAGACCAACCCUUCCUCAGCAAAUCCCUCCGGAACCGACGGCUGCGCCUCCCACCUAGACACCGAACGCGCCCUCAAAAGACCCGCCGACAGUUUCGUUGACCGAUCGCCUCCCCACCCUGCCGCAAAACUGCCCCGCUCGAAUCAAGAGGACCGCUUCGGGGGGCGAGAGCAUGGGAAACCGGUACCCCCCGGAAAUGGCCAAAAAGGGGGAACACAGGGCGGUGGGGCAGGACCGAGUGGAGUCGGAGGGAGUCAAGCGGGGGGGGAGGAGUUCAAGCCGAGUUGCCCCGUGUGCUUUGUGGAGUUUGGCAGUGGGACGGACAUAAGCCACGUGACUGCCCACGUGGAAGAGUGUCUACUGGCCAUGGAACUGUAGAUACAAAACGUCAACCUUUGUCGAAGAUGCUUCUCUUCGUAGUCAAGGAAGCAUCUCAAAUUGCACUUGUCUGCCCCGAACCGUCGGCAUUAGUUUAAAGGAGAACAUUCUGGUCCAAUAAGCGGCUGCGGAUUUACGGGAGACGAUGAGAGAACACUUUGAGGGUAUCAGACGAAUGGUCUGGUGUACAUACUGGCCGGUUGAAUUUGAACUCUACUGUCAAACGAAGUCUCAGAGCGGCCAUGGCGUGUACUACUGUAAGAGCGCGCAAGGUUAUUCAAACGUCCGAACAUUGAGUUGCUUUCCAGACCAGUGGUCAAACUCUGACUCGCCGCUGCGUUUUAGUCGACAAUAGAUAUGCGGUUGGUCAGCUUACCUCGAAAAGCAGGCUUCCUUUCGCGGCCGCGCGUGACCCUCUAGCAGUUUAAUGACCUCUGACCGCGCCCAUGUUGGCCCUGCCAUGACCAGCGGUCUCCAG